GGGCUGUUCAUUUGUUCUCCAGAAGCAUUCCCAGCAGGUCAAGCAAGCAAAGCAAUUCGACGUUUACUACGAAAACGAUGUCUUUCAUGACCUUUUUGCUGAUGUUCGCCACAAUGACGAAAUUUGCCAGCGCUAGUAUAAUCGGAGCAGAAUUUCAACUGCAGUGUUCGAUUGACCUUGCACAUCGAUUCAAAGCUCAUGUCUACCUGUUAGAAGAGGGUACAAUGCCUGAGAUUGUGCUCAGUGAAGCGAUGAAGGAAGCGCGCUGGGAUUCACCAUCGCACCUAAGUUUUGAGCUAUUCAGCGACGAUUUGCAUGGCAGAAAAAGCGAAUCUUUAGAGCCAUACGUUCUUGUAGAGCACAACUGCGAAAAAAAGCAAAAAGGACUCCGAACUAUAUUGAGAGUUUUGGAGGUAGGAGACUUUCCAGCAGAACAUGAGAGGCCAUUUACAAGAAAUUUGGGGAAUAUAUCUCUACCAUGAGUUUGUGAAUCAGUGCUUGUCACUGUUGCAUUGAAUAAAGCUGAGAAAGC